UUUCCAGUGGCGAUGUGUCAGUGAAACCGCACGAGUUUCACUCUUUUUACAGAAAUGCGUUUUGCUCGAUCGUAAACGAGACAUGAUUAUCGUGAUUGAUUAGUGGUGUCGAAAGGCGAAUGUAUUGUAUUAUAUCGACCACGCGUCAUCGAUCGUAUUUUGUAUAUCUUACAAAUCAGUGAAGAUUGAAAGAUCAAACUUGCUUACCGAGUGUGUAGAAUAACAAAUUAAGUGUGAAGUGUAGAAUUUCACACCUUGCCGCAUCGGAUUAUGAUUAUUAAGUCGUGCCGUAGGCGCGCAAAUUAUUAAAUUUGUGUAACAAUAAUAAAUGAUGGAAAAAGAAGACAGCGGGGGAAUAAUCAACCCGCUUUCCGCCGUGCGUUUCGAUCAAUUUUCGAUAGAUUCGCGGAUCUAGAGGAAACAAGGCGAGAAACCGCGCAAACUUCAAUGACAAAACGACACAUUAAAAAUAGUAUCCGAUUAAUUGACGGGUAAUGAAAUUCAUCUCGCUCGAGGUGCAAGUGAAAUUUUCGUGUCACCUGUGCGACGCGCGCUCACAAUGUUAUCGAUUGUGCGCGCUCGCCAUAAUCGACUACUCGAGCAUUAAGCUUCUUAUCUGCAAAAUUACACGCCAGUACAGUUGUACGCAUAAUUACACGCAAAUUGCGCGCAUAUACGUUACGCUUUACUCCUCGCAUUUAAACCCGUAUCGAACAGAUCUCGAUCCAAAAUGGCGGAUUUUGAAUCGCGACGGAGCCAGUAUUCGAGCUGAUAAGACGGCAUCGCAAGCUUUUAAACCCUAAAAUCAUCCCCAGAGUCAUCGAGUCGUAAAAAAUAAAACGCAGAGAUGCAUGCUUACAUUAAACUUAACUAACAAUUUCUAGAUUAACGAUAAAAGCGAUGAAACGAUCGCUGGUUUUCCAAUGAGGGAAACGCGCGAUCUAUCUAUCAGCCUCGUGCGAUAUUCGACGAGUCAUUAUAGAAUGCGGGUGCAACGGUCACAGAAUCAGUCGUGACGUGCAAGCGACAGCGAGAGCUCGACGGAGAUUCCGCGCCGCGUAUAUACGCUCGUCCAGUAAAAAUCGCGUACACACGAAAAACAAGGAUGAAGAACGGAAAUCAAAUUAUGGCAGAGGCCCUGAAAGAGCAGGGUUUAACUUACGUCUUCGGCAUCAUGGGCCACCCGGUGAUUGACCUGGCGCUAAGCAUGCAGGCCGCCGGUCUGCAAUACCUGGGUUUCAGGAACGAGCAAGCUGCAUGUUACGCCGCACAAGCUUACGGCUAUCUAACGAGAAAACCCGCGGUGGUGCUAUGCGUCUCCGGUCCAGGAUUGCUGCACGUCAUCGGCGGCAUGGCGAACGCGCAAGUGAAUUGCUGGCCUGUGCUCGUGCUGGGAGGAUCGUGUCCGGAGGAUCAUGAGGGAAUAGGCGGUUUCCAGGAAUGGCCACAAGUCGAGGCGAGCAGACCUUACUGUAAAUACGCGGCUAGACCACCGUCAGCCGCGCUUGUACCAAUGCACGUCGAAAAGGCCGUGCGACUCGCCACUUACGGCAGACCAGGCGCCGUUUAUCUCGACUUACCCGCCACAUUGCUGACCCAAAGUGUGGACGAGAGCAAGAUAAUCAAGGUAUCUCCGUGCCCGUCGCCACCCUUAUCGUAUCCUGAUGAGAGAUUAAUCGAGCAGGCAGCGAAUUUACUGAUAAAAGCAAAGAGACCGUUAGUGAUCGUCGGCAAAGGAGCCGCUUACGGUCGAGCCGAGGUUCCGGCAAGAGACCUUGUCUACUCCACGGAUGUGCCGUUCCUGCCGACGCCGAUGGGCAAGGGAGUCGUACCAGAUACGGACGAGCGUUGCGUCUCCAGUGCGCGCACGUAUGCCCUACUGCACUCCGACGUGGUGUUGCUGCUGGGCGCGAGAUUAAAUUGGAUGUUGCACUUUGGACGACCGCCCAGGUUUCAAAGCAAUGUCAGAGUAAUACAGAUCGAUUUAUGUGCCGAAGAAUUGCACAAUUCGGUGUCCUCCGCUGUCGCAAUACAGGCUGACAUCGCGCCUGCAACGGAAUGCUUGGCGAACACGUUGAAGGGUCGAAAGUGGCGUGUCGACCGAAAUGGACCCUGGUGGAAGGACCUUGCGAUGAAGGCUGAAAAGAACAAGCGAUCAGUUCACAGGAUGUCGUUGGACACCAGCGUUCCCCUGAAUUAUUACACCGUUUUUAAGCACAUACAAGAUGUAAUGCCGAGUGAUUGUAUCAUCUGUUCGGAGGGAGCCAAUACAAUGGACAUAGGACGGACUAUUCUCUUGAACAAUCUGCCUCGCCAUAGAUUGGACGCCGGUACCUUCGGCACCAUGGGCGUCGGUCUUGGAUUUGCUAUUGCGGCCGCCCUUUACUGCAAAGAUAACGCGCCAAAGAAGAGAGUGAUUUGCGUGGAGGGAGACAGCGCCUUUGGCUUCUCUGGAAUGGAGAUCGAAACCAUGUUUCGAUAUAAAUUGCCGGUGAUUAUUAUGAUCAUAAAUAAUAACGGUAUAUACAAUGGUUUCGACACUGAAACCUUCAGACAGAUACAAGCGUCUGGAGAUCCUACACAAGUAACGCCACCAUUUACCUUAACGUCAGAAACUCAUUAUGAAAAGCUGAUGGAAAUGUUCGGCAGGAAAGGUCACUUUUGCACUACUGUGCAAGACAUUCAGCAAGCGUUGAAAGUGUCGCUCAAGGUGAUGGAUAGUCCUAGUUUAAUAAAUAUCAUGAUCAAUCCACAAGCGGAUCGUAAGGAACAACAGUUUAAUUGGCUGACGGAAUCAAAAUUAUAAAUAUUACAGAGUAUUGCAUUAUCAACACAAAGCUAUUAUUACCCAUCGUAAUAUUAAGUCUAUUUUUCUACCCUUGUUUACAAAGAUAUAUUACUCUGCUGGCUGAUAAUUAAUACUUUUUUAUAUAAUAAGGAUUAAGGUGUAUCAUAUUUAUUCAUUAGUUCAGAGAAUCGAUUAUGUAGUAUUAAAGGAAUUCAAAAAUAUAUAUAUUGUUAUACCAAG